GAACAUUUCAUUAAUAAUAAUUUUAUUUAGGCUGUGUCUGAAGACAAAAAUGUCCGUGUUGUUAAUUAUAAUCAGUUAAAUAUGACGUUAACACAUUUUCGUUCUUGUUUUCAAAUAAAAUGAAGUUGAUUUAAGUUUUAUUUAAUGGCUAAUGAUACCGAAAUACUCCAUCAUUUAUGGAAUGGGAAGUUAGCAGUAUGUUUCCAAUUAAACGAACAAGAAAUUCAUGGGUUACAAAAUCCUGAACCUAUAUAUUUAAUGGUGCCAAGGAUGAGUUAUUUUCCAUUAGUAUGUGAUAAAGUCAAAAAACAUUUUGUGAAACAUAUAGAUCCUGAAAAACAAGAAUUAGAAAUGUGGUUGGAAUAUAAUAAUACUCCACUGAAAUGGAAUUAUCCUAUUGGUGUUCUCUAUGAUCUCUUUAUUUUUAAUGAUAGGCCAGUCAACUUACCAUGGCUAAUAACAGUCCAUUUUGAUAAUUUCCCUGAAGAUCAGCUAAUACGAUGUUCUUGUAGAGAAGUUAUUGAGUCAAAUUUCAUGUCUUGUUUGAAAGAAGCUGAUACAUUGAAACAUAAAAGUCAAAUUUUUUCAACAAUGCAAAAACAUCAACAUAAUCAACUGUGGAAUGGAUUAAUAAAUGAUAAGUUUGAUCAGUUUUGGUCAGAAAAUAAAAAGCUAAUGGAGCCAACUGAUGGUGCAUGCUUCAAACAUAUACCCAUACACUUUUACCAUGCUGGUUCAUUAGUCAUGAUGCAGUCAUUGGUUAAACCACUUACAGAAGAUGGAAAUUAUUUGACAUUAAAUGAACUUGUUCAAACUAUUUAUCCAUUAUUAGAAAAAUAUAAUAUUUUUACACAUGGAAUAUGUAUACCAAGUAAUACACCAGUUCAAUGGAUGAGUGAACACAUGAGUUAUUUGGAUAAUUUCCUUCAUUUAAUUAUAGUUUGAUUUUGGUGGUUUACCAAGAAAUGAAUAAUUUCAGGAAAUUUUUUCAAUUGUCAUAGGUUAUAUUUAUAAUAUAUACAAUCAAAUAUUUUAUGUAUAUUCAUAAUAUAUAAAUAUUGGUUAUACAAUUAUUUUUUUAACUAGUUAAUACCAGGAAUAUAACGACCUUUUUUUAUUGCUUUCUUUUUGAUUUUUUCUUUUUUAUCUUGUUUUCUUUUUAAUAAAUUAUUUGUGCGUUUGUCUUGUUUUUCUUUUUUAUUUUUUUCUAAUAAUUGUGCCCUUUCAUCCCAUUUUGUUUUGCUAAUUUUUUUUUGUCUUUCUUUUCUUGCAACAGUUUUUUUUAAAA